AUGUCGGAUCCAAAUUCGAAUCUGGGUCGUGUCAUAGCCAAUGUCGUAGACAUUCAACAGUCAAUUAUCGUUCAUUGCGAUAAUUUGUCAAAAGCGAUCGAUGGCUUGAAGGUUAGUUAUAUCCCUGAAAAUAGCUUUUACAAUAAAAUGAAUUUGUACUUCAGUUGGAACACCAAAGUUCGAUUGCUGCUCUUCGAGAAGAUUUGCGUCGCACUGAUGAUCGUUCUCAAAAACAAGUGGAUGAAAUAAAUGUUGCGCACAAUAAAGAAGUUGAACGACUUCUGAAUAUCAUUCAGACUUUAUUAUCGAAAGAAGCGACUUCAGUAGCAGUUCCUCCACCAGCAAUUGUAGCACAUCCAACACAGCAACAAGCAAUGCUUGCACAACAACAGUUCUAUCAACAACAAAAUGCCUUGCAAGCUUCGUUAAUGAUGCAGAAUCAACAUCAUAUGAUGCAAAGACAAAUGCAAGAGGAACACGCAAGAAUUGCAGCUCAAAUGCAAGCUCAAGGAAGGUUAGUAAAACUUUACAAUUAUUUCACUAUAAGAUUUCUAAAUUUUCGAUAACCAAAAAUGUAUUUCAGUACUGUUGGCACUCCAAUUCUUCUACCACAAGCCAAACCUUCAAUCACAACCGGAGUUGUUCCACAAGUUCCAAAAAUCAAUCCUCCUGUGGUAGCCCAAGUUCCUCCACCAGUUGUCUCGAUUCCUGCAACCAAAGAAGUUGUUUUGCCACCAGUUGUGAUCAAGCCUCCAGUUGUCGAAGAGAAGCCGAAAACUGUUGUCAUUCCCCCAGCCGUUACACCAGUUGCAUCGACAAUCAAACCAUUUGCUCCUGCCGCAACAAACGCAACACCAACAUUUUCAUUCGGCGGAUCCUCAAACAUUUUCGGAAAGAAACCAGAAGUUCCAGCAGCCACAACAACGACACCAAGCAAAUCAACAGCUGGAAAAGAAGACGAUGAAGAAGGAGAUGUUGAAGAAUAUGAACCAGAAGGUGAUUUCAAACCAGUCAUUCCAUUGCCAGAACUUGUUGAUGUUAAAACUGGUGAAGAAGAAGAAUCUGUUGUAUUCAACAAUCGAGCCAAACUUUACAUUUAUGCAAAUGAGACAUCGGAAUGGAAAGAAAGAGGAACUGGAGAAUUGAAAGUUCUUUUGAAUAAGGAAUCGAAGAAAUAUCGAGUUGUAAUGCGCCGUGAUCAAGUCCUCAAAGUAUGUGCUAACUUCCCAAUCAUCGGAUCAAUGACAAUCCAAAAAAUGGCAUCAAAUGAUAAAGCAUACACUUGGUUCUGUGAAGAUUUCGCUGAAGACAAACCAGAACAUGUCAAAUUGUCAGCAAGAUUUGCAUCAGUUGAAAUUGCUCUGGAAUUCAAGAAUUUGUUCGAGAAAGCAGUCAAUGAACACAAAUCAACUCCUCAAAAAGCAAAAACAAUUGAUUCGGAAAUCAAGGCAGCUGUUGUGAAAAAAGAAGAAGUGAAGGAAGAACCAAAAGAUGUUGUUAUCCCAUCAAACAAAGAGAAUGUUGGAUUUGGAGAUAAAUUCAAACCUGCCGCUGGAAGUUGGGAAUGCACUGAAUGUUAUGUUCGCAAUAAUGCUGGAACUGAUAUUUGCUCUUGCUGUGGAAGUGGAAAAGAUGGAAAACCAGCUGAUAAAGCUGCAACAAUCUUCUCGAAGCCAUCAAUUCUUCAACAACCAGCUGGACCACCGAAGUUCUCUUUUGGAAUGAGUGCCGCUGCAGCAGCCAAAGAACCACUCGCUCAAUCACAAUCACCACAAUUCGGUGGAGCUCUUAAUGGUUCGGCAAACAAUACAGCCAUGUUUGGAGGAGCUGGAACACCAAAGGCAAGUUUGUUUGGCGGAGGUACAGGAUCAACAACAUCAGCAUCAACAACACCUUCAUUUUCUUUUGGAAAAUCCACACCCGCUGAAGCUGCUCCAGCUUCAUCGACAACAAAUUCUACACCGAAAUUCAGUUUCAUGAAAGCCGCAGAACAAGCAUCCACAAAUUCACCAUCAACUGGAGGAUCUUCUCUUUUUGGAAAUUCUGUAAAACCAGCCGAAGCUGCUAAAACAACACCAAGUUUCAGUUUUGGUAAACAAGCAGGUAAUAAUUAAAAAUAGUUUUUUGAAAUGUAAAUAUAAAUAUGUUCAAUUUUCAGAGGCACCAAAAGAAGCAGUAAGUUUCAGUUUUGGUAAACAAGCAGGUAAGAUUUCAAAAUAAUUUUUUUUGUAAAUAAAUAUAUAUUUUUCAAUUUCCAGAGGCACCAAAAGAAACCCCGAAGUUCUCCUUCGGUAAACAACCUGAACCAGUCUCGUUUGUCAAAGCUUCGAAUUCCGCUGAAUCACCAUCAACAGCAUCUGCAACAACCACAUCAACACCGAAGAGCGUUAGUUUUUUUCUAAUUCCAAGCUAAAACCCAUGUUUUUGAAUUUUCAGAUCUUCGGUGCAUUUGCUAGCGGUGAAUCGUUCUCUUCAUUUGCUGCUAAACAAAAUAGCAACAUUUUCGAAGGUGAAACUGCAAAGAAAGCUCAAGAAGAGUUCAAAUCACAAAAGAAGAGUACUGUAUGUUUAUUUAUACUUUUUUGAGACGUAAACUAUUUAUUUUGAUAUUUAGGCUCCAACUGUUAAUGCCGAAGAAAACGAUGAGGAAAAUGAAAAUGAUGACACAGUUGCAAAUGAAGAAGAACCAGAUGUUGAAUUCACUCCAGUCAUUCCUCUUCCAGAUUUGAUUGAAGUGAAAACAGGUGAAGAAGGCGAAGAGAUUUUAUUCAAAGCGCGAUCCAAAUUGUACAAGUUCUACAAAGAUUUGGGAGAGAAUAAAGAAAGAGGUGUAGGAGAUUGCAAGGUAAGAAUAUUUAUUUGGUUUUUUCCUUAAAACAUAAUUGAUAUUUUUUCAGAUUCUCUACAACAAAGACACAAACACGUAUCGAUUUGUUAUGCGGCGAGAACAAGUUCAUAAGAUUUGCGCCAAUUUCCGAAUCGAACAAGGAAUUCAGCUCAGUAGCAAAGGAGGAAUGCCAAAUGUUUUGACUUUUGUUUGUAACGUAAGUUUUCAAAGUUUUUCUGAAAAAAUGAACUAAUGUUUAUUGUUUUUGCAGGAUUUCUCUGAAGAUGAUAAUGGUGAAAUGUCAGUCUUCAUUUUGAAAUUCAAAGAGGAGAAAAUUGCGAAUGAAUUCAAGAAAGUGUUCACCGAUGCGCAAAGUAAAAUUGCUUCUGCCUGA